CCCCCCUCUCUCUCUCUCUCUUUCUUAUCUCUCUCUCUCUCUAUCUAUCUGUCCUCAGCCACCGGCCAAGGCCCAUCACCACCACUUGCCCCUUCGCCUCCUCCACCUCCCUCAAUCCCUCUCCCACCUCUACCAGUGGCCCCUUUUCCACCUCUCCCUUUCCUUCUCGUACCUUGCCACCGCCCCUCCACCACCAACGCCACCAACUGGCCAUCCUUCAACACUAACACCACCACCACCACCUCCUUCACCACCAUGACGAGAGUAGCUGGCCUGAUAAUAUACAGUAAUGGCUCAAUCUGGCAAUAAUUCUGUUGGAGUUGAUAACACCUUUAGAAGGAAAUGGAACCGAGAAGAAUAUUUGGAGAGAGCUCGAGAACGUGAAAGGGAAGAGAAGGAGGAGGGCGGCCGGUCUAGAUCCAAAGCUAAAGCUCCUCCAAUUCAGCGGAAUCCCUUGAAGCACAGGGAUUUUGAAGUUGACCUUGAAUCUCGUCUGGGAAAAACUCAGGUUGUUACCCCAAUUGCACCGUUGAGCCAGCAGGCUGGAUACUACUGUGCAGUUUGUGAGUGUGUAGUAAAAGAUUCAGCAAACUACCUGGACCAUAUUAAUGGAAAAAAGCAUCAGAGAGCUUUGGGUAUGUCUAUGCGGGUGGAGAGGGCAUCUCUCCAGCAGGUCCAACAACGAUUUGACAUGCUUAAGAAGCGGAAAGGCCCAGGUGGCUUUACUGAGCAAGAUUUAGAUGAGAGGAUACUAAAACAGCAGCAAGAGGAGGAGGAACGCAAGCGUCAACGCCGAGAAAGGAAGAAGGAGAAGAAGGAGAAGGCUGUGCAGGAUGAACCAGAGGAUAUCGAUCCUGAUGUGGCUGCCAUGAUGGGUUUUGGAGGUUUCCGGUCAUCAAAGAAGUGAGAAGUGCUUCAUCAAAGUCUUACAACACAAGACAUGCUACAUUUACUGGCCAGUGAGAAAUUUGGCAGAGCACACUACAAGAUGACCAAGCAGUGCAUCGUUUUGCUUCACGGAUUGUUUAGUGAUGAUCAUAGAAGGCUCUCACAGAAUCGAAGAUUUACUAUGUUAAUGUUCCUACUGUCAAAGUUAAAAUGAUUUAUAUUCUCAGAAAUUUGUCACUUUUAAUGAAUCUGCUGUCUUCAAUAGAUCAUGUACAGUAUCCCUGCAAUUUUAUGAAUGGCCAUGCAGUUGCUAAUCUUGAGAAAAAGAAUCAAAGUUGUUCCGUUU